CAUUAAAUAAAUAUGAUACACAAUUUCAUACAGACAUAUAUAACAUUUAUGGCUGUCAGUCUGAUAUUUGGAGUUCACUGGAAUGCCAUACAAUUCUAGGUACUGUAACCAAAUCACAUUUUCGAGUAAUAUGUAUAUAGUAUAUUUUAAAAUUAUUUGUAUACUUUCCCGUUGGCUUCUGUACUCAUAUACAACGAAUAUGAAUGACAGAGUACUAAUAAUCUUCAGGUUAUUUGGUACGCUCGUAACAGGGAUUAAAUCGGCAAACAAAGCAAGCGCUAGUAUAAUCGUUUCUAGUCAAUUUCUCGAUUUCGAUUCGUACGUCGAUUUAAAAGGCUCGUUCAGUACGUAUUAGUUUUGUGUAGGUAAAUAAUAAUGUAAUAAAACCUGCAAUGAAUCCUACGAAAAAGGAAGCUUUAUUUCACUCGGAUAAAAUAUGUCGGCUCUGUUUAUCACACAAACGUGCUAUGUUACCAAUAUUUUAUGAAGACGGAACAGCACUCCCUAUGGCGUCUAGAAUUUUAACAUAUAUCGGAAUUGAGGUUUCCAUUGAUGAUGGCUUCCCAACAACGAUUUGCAAUAACUGCCAUAAUCGAAUUGAUGCGUGGCAUAAAUUCAAAGAACAAUGCAAACAUUGUCAUGAUGUUUUACAUCAGUGCAUUGCAAGAAAUGUUGGUUUAGAGGUGAAUACUGGAAAACAGACUCAUAAUGGUCAAGUAAUUUAUACUAGUGUUUCUUCACAAGGCAUUACAGCUGAACAAGGAGUAAAUUCUAAAAGGGAUUUUGAAACAGACACAACUGUAGAUGUGCAUGUAAAGAAUGACUCCUUGGUACAACAAGAAGAGGAUUCUGUAAAGACAGAACCUGGAUUCCACAGAACCUCAAAAAUGGCCGAUGAGAAAGGAGACAGAGACACCAGUGAUAAUACUGCAUUUGUACAGGGUAAGAGUUGCAUGUUGUACAAUUCAGACAUUCCAUACCAUGAUUCUGAAAUGGAUAGUGGGAAGUCAGAAAUGGGUUCUGAUGACAUUCAGAGUGAUGACGAUAAACCUGCCGGUAGAAAAAGUCCUAAAAUUGCCAGGUUUGGAAAUGUAGGAAACCUUAAAAAUCACAGCAAAGUUGAUGACCCUUCAGACUGUAAAACAUAUGGCUGCUCUAAAUGUGGCAAAACAUUCAGCUACACAAAUAACUUCACAUUUCACAUCUGUAAUCUUACUCCUGAGAAACGCUUUGUGUGUAACUUGUGUGGGAAGGAUUAUUCAACAGCAGGUGCUGUGAAGACACAUCUUCACAUCCACAAGGGAAAGCAUAAAUGUCUGACAUGUGGCAAAUCAUUCCCAUCCAAAUUCCAGGUAGAGGUGCACAUGCGCAUACACACUGGAGAAAAGCCAUAUGUCUGCGAGUAUUGUGGGAAGAGAUUUGCUUAUGACAAAGGCCUUCUAUUACACAUGAGUGUACACACAGGGAUUAAACCAUACAAGUGUGAUGAAUGUAGCUACUCUACAACAUCACGAAGCUACAUAAAGAAUCACAAAUCUGUGCACAGGGCUGAAAAACCAUUUGUGUGUGAGAUCUGUGGCCAAGGAUACACACUUCUUCCCAGUCUGAUGAACCAUCAACUGAAUCACAGCGAUCAAAAGGCUUACACAUGUGAAGUGUGUAGCAAAGCAUUCAACACCAGUCGAAAACUUGCAAGCCAUAAAAUAAUGCACAGUGGUGUGCGGCCGUAUCACUGCGAAGACUGUGGAAAACGAUUUGCACGCAAAGAAGGCCUCAAGGAACACAAAGUGAUUCAUACAGGUGAAAAAAAAUUUGUGUGUCCAGUAUGUCAAAAGAAGUUUGCAUGGCGAAAGAUUUUAAGAACACACAAGUGUGCUGGUGCCUUAGAUUGUAACAAGUAGUCCAUUUCCUCCAAUGUAUUACAGACUUGGAAAAUAUGGAAAUUACUGUGUCUUUUUUUCACUUUUUUUUUGAUUUGUUCCUGUGAACCCUACCUUCUCCCAUGUCUUAUAAGUUAAUAGACUCGGCAGUACAGAGUUUCCUUGAACUGUUAAUAAUUAGACACACCAAGGAAUUCCAUGUUACAAAAUUUAGCAGUUUAUGCAAGAAUUGGAGAAAUCGUGAUGAUGAAUAUUAAACUUGGUCUUCUGAAGUGUGAUUUCAUGAAGUCUUAUAGAUAGGUACCAAUAUUCUGGAAGAAGCUGCCUCCAUCUUCAUCUCCUUCCUGCCCAAGAUGAAGUCAGCAGAUUCCACCAAAAGACUGGUGUCUGUAAGGAUGCAUGGCAUUACAUCCUAGAAGAAUGUAACCCUAAUAGUUCAUUGCCAUUAACAAUACAGCUGUAAAAGCACUCAGCAGACAAAGAAAUAAUGGACAGGAUUUGGUGAGUUUAUGGUACUCUCCUACAGUGCAUAAUGAAUAAUAUUCCUCUUAUAUUUCCUGCCCUACACAGCCAUAUUUCACUAUUUUUCUUGUUUCAUUGCAAUUCACUGAUAACCAACCAUUUCAACAAAUUCUGGUGCUUAAUUACUGUUUGUAAUAGGGCCACAUUUUUUAAAUUGUAAUGUUUGAUUUUCUUUUAUUUCUUCAUCUCUGAAGUGAAACUUAAGAGCAACUGGCUAAUGAGAAUUUUAAUUCCACUGUUAUAGUUGUGACAAAGCACAGAAUUCAUGGAUUGGGUCACCUGCUAAUCACCAGCUUAGAAACAGUGGCCUCCACACAAUAUCCACCAUCAUUAACAGUCAGGGAGUUGGACCACUAGUUGGCCCAUUCAGGCCUGAUUCAUCCAGUGGUAUCUUCAAAGGUCUUCUCCGGUUCCUUGAUACAUGUGAGCAUGGGCUGCUGCGGUUGGAUGGAGGUGCAGGGUGUCUUGUAAGGCCUCUCUGACCUCACCGUCAUCCUUGUGCAAUUGAGUGCGGCUCUGAUUGCACAGGAUGAUCCCAUACAAAAAUUGUUUUAUGUUGUGAUGAGGAUGACCCUCUUCAUUGGUUUUAGCUCAAUGUUGUACCCUGCUCACAAUCCCUCUGAGCUUGUGUAUCCAGGUGUUGUUUCCCAGGCCUUUGGAAACAGUAUAACUGACACCCAGAACAUACCCACAGACACAAAGGAGCAGGUACCAAAGAUUAUAAACACUCAGCAUUUUAGUGGAACACACCCAGAAAAAUGGUUUUAACAGUUUAAUGGUACUGUAUCAACUACACAGGUAUGUAUUGUCAAAACUUAAGAACUUUUCUUGCAGUCUUCAUUACUUCCAUAAAAAUUGUGUUAAAAAGUUGUCCAGUGAGAAGUGUAAUAUAAACACAAUCAAGAGUUAACAUUA